ACAGGUACAGACAGGUAAAGACAGGUACAGACAAGGACAGAAAGGUACAGAUAGGUACAGAUAGCCAGGUACACACAGACAGGUACACACAGACAGGUACAGACAGGUAAAGACAGGUACAGACAAGGACAGAAAGGUACAGAUAGGUACAGAUAGAAAGGUACAGACAGGUACACACAGACAGGUACACACAGACAGGUACACACAGGUACAGACAGGUACAGACAGGUAAAGACAGGUACAGACAAGGACAGAAAGGUACAGAUAGGUACAGAUAGAAAGGUACAGACAGGUACACACAGACAGAGACAGACAGGUACACACAGACAGGUACAGACAGACAGAGACAGACAGGUACACACAGACAGGUACACACAGGUACAGACAGGUACAGACAGACAGGUACACACAGACAGAGACAGACAGGUACACACAGACAGGUACACACAGGUACAGACAGGUACACACAGACAGAGACAGACAGGUACACACAGACAGGUACAGACAGGUACACACAGACAGAGACAGACAGGUACACACAGACAGGUACAGACAGGUACACACAGGUACAGACAGGUACAGACAGACAGGUACACACAGACAGGUACACACAGGUACACACAGGUACAAGCACAGACAAAGGAGAUGGAGUCAGUUGAUCACAGUCCGUCAGUAGUUAACUGAAUGAAUGAAUGAAUGAAUGAAUGAAUGAAUGAAUGAAUUCAUUAAUGUGUGAUGUCACUGACCCACAGUUUCUGCUGUCAUAAUGAAACGUCAUUUUUCACAGGUUUAAACACAAACAUGUCUGACGACCCUGAUAGUGUAAAAACAUCGUCUCCCAUCUGUGUCUCAGAGCAGAGCUCCACCCUGUCCUCUACAGCUCCGUCACCGUCUCCACCCUGUUCUCUACAGCUCUGUCACCGUCUCCACCCUGUCCUCUACAGCUCCGUCAGUCUCCACCCUGUUCUCUACAGCUCCGUCACCGUCUCCACCCUGUUCUCUACAGCUCCGUCACCGUCUCCACCUUGUCCUCUACAGCUCCGUCACCGUCUCCACCCUGUUCUCUACAGCUCCGUCAGUCUCCACCUUGUCCUCUACAGCUCCGUCACCGUCUCCACCCUGUCUUCUACAGCCCCGUCAGUCUCCACCCUGUUCUCUACAGCUCCGUCACCGUCUCCACCCUGUUCUCUACAGCUCUGUCACCGUCUCCACCUUGUCCUCUACAGCUCCGUCAGUCUCCACCCUGUUCUCUACAGCUCCGUCACCGUCUCCACCCUGUCCUCUACAGCUCUGUCACCGUCUCCACGUUGUUCUCUACAGCUCUGUCACUGUCUCCACCCUGUCCUCUACAGCUCUGUCACCGUCUCCACGUUGUUCUUUAUAGCUCUGUCACUGUCUCCACAUUGUUCUCUACAGCUCCGUCAGUCUCCACGUUGUUCUCUACAGGUCCGUCACCAUCUCCACCCUGUCCUCUACAGGUCCGUCACCGUCUCCACCCUGUCCUCUACAGCUCUGUCAGUCUCCACCCUGUCCUCUACAGCUCCGUCACUGUCUCCACGUUGUUCUCUACAGGUCCGUCACCGUCUCCACCCUGUCCUCUACAGCUCCGUCACCGUCUCCACCCUGUUCUCUACAGCUCCGUCACCGUCUCCACCCUGUCUUCUACAGCUCCGUCACCGUCUCCACCCUGUUCUCUAUAGCUUCGUCAUCGUCUCCACCCUGUCUUCUACAGCUCCGUCACCGUCUCCACCCUGUCCUCUACAACUCCAUCACCGUCUCCACCCUGUUCUCUACAGCUCCGUCACCGUCUCCACCCUGUCAUCUACAGCUCCGUCAUAGUCUCCAUCUCUCUGUCUGUUAGAGGUGGGGAAACAUCAUCACAGCAGUGAUAUUAAACAUGGUGAUACAGUCUCUAUUCAGACACCAUGGAUUUAUCUUCCAUUAAACAUUAUUAAUAUUACAUAAACACAUUUUAAUCCAACUUUUGGUCCUGAAUAAUAAAAUCAUCUGUUUAUCAGAGGUUUGUUUCCUGCUGAGGUCAGCAGAGGUCUGAGUCAGUGCCAUCAGGCAGGAAGCUCAUCAGAACAAAGAUGGAGGCAGUGGAGACAGAAAUAAGAAAUGUCUCACUUUCUCCAAACUAGAGCGGGACAUUAUCUGACAGAGGACUCCAAACUAGAGCGGGACAUUAUCUGACAGAGGACAGGAGACCACUGUCUCACUUUCUCCAAACUAGAGCGGGACAUUAUCUGACAGAGGACAGGAGACCACUGCAGUGUUUCCCAUACAUUCAUUUAUCUGUGGCGGUGCACCACGUAU